CGAUUGACUGAUCAACUCUAUAAAUAACUUGCAGCCCCCAAUCCUGACUUAGUUUCCUUCACCGUCAACUUUCUCUCAUCUCUGUAACUGAGUUUCUCCGAAUCAUCUUCUUCUUUUUCCUUUUUGUUCUCGAUUUCUUCACGAAACUGGGAGCAACUCUAACAAAAUCCUUUGUGAAAUCUUCUAAUUUUUUCACGAGAGGUUAAAGAAACUCAAAGAUUCAUAUCAAGAAUUAGAUUUUGUGCAUCAAAUUUACAUCGAUGGAGAUUUAUCAUCUAACUGGUAUAUGAAUCGACAAGGUUCACGGGAUGGACCCGUUCCGCGUCUUUCACUCGAGAAAAUCGGAACCCUAACAAGAGAAUAAACGACAACCUGAUAAAUAACUGUAGCAAUUUGAUAAUCGGUACAAUUCUUACUUGUCUUACCAGUCUUACCAUGCGCCGGUGCAAAAGCGGUCUAGGGUUCAGUUCGAGUCGACAAAACCUAUCAAGAUUGUUUCGUAUAAUCGUAACCCUAGCAAUUUUUUACUGUUCACACCACAACUGUUAAAUACAGUUCCCGAUGCACGUAGUGUUGUGAGGCAAGUUCGACCGACGCCGCAACAUAAUCCUGUUGGUUCGACGACUGAGUCAAACUCGUUACUUCCUUUCUUGCCGUCUAGUAUGCCGAUUAACAAUAUGAGAAACGCUUCUUUGAAUGUUCAUGGAAUCAGAUCUGUUGGUGACUUGGCAAUCAAGAAACCGAACUCUGCAAUUGAUGCUAGGGUUCAAUCAGGCUAUGGUGUUUCGGGCGAAGUUAGGCCUGUGCUGCAACAUAAUGGUUCAAAUUUGGAACCUCCUGCUUUGCCGUCAACUAUGCCACUUAACGCUUUUCAUGGCGUUGGACCUGUUGGUGGCCAGACAAUCAAGAAAGCAAGCUCUGCAAUUAACGAUAGGGUUCUGUCUAAUACAAUAGUCUUCGUGCAAAAUCAAAGUCAUAGUGCUUCUGUGAAUGUAAUGGAAUCAAAUAUUGCGCCUGUGGCUGUUCAAGGUUAUGGGGCUGAUAUGAGUAAAAUAAUUGGAUCAAAAGGAACACCAGUUACACCUGUUUCGUCAACUAAUCAGUAUGUAUUGAAUGAUGGAUUCUUCAAUUUGAUUAACUCUUUGACACCAAAUACUUCAAUUCCUCUACCAGAAGAGAAACAGAAAGAAACCCAGUUGCCAAAUUCAGUAGAGUCAAUUUUGCAAGGUCUGGUUUGUUCUGUUUCACCACAAAUAGCGCCAGGAGUUAGCCAAUAUCUCUCGAGUAAUCACUUCUCUAAUUUGGUUAGUUCUUUGGCUGCUGAAGGAUUGGUUAAUAUAUCAGAAGAACAGCCAAAACAAACCCCUGAAGUGAACAAGCAGGAAGAAAAAUCUGAAGGAGUACUUGAUUUUAAUCCAGAGUUUCUAAAAACAAGACAUGAAUCUGUAAUCCGUGCUCUCUAUGCUGAUAUUCCAAGACAAUGUUCAGCCUGCGGACAACGGUUCAAGAGCCAAGAAAAACAUAGGAACCAUAUGGAUUGGCAUGUUAGGAAGAACCGAAUGAAAAACAACUCAAACUUGAAGCGGAAGCAAGCUUCGAAGACGAAGCCUUCGCGUAAUUGGUUUGCAAGUGAACGUUUGUGGCUGAACGCUGCAUCGGGAGAGGAAACAGACAAUAAAACAAUGAUUGAGUUGUUGAAUGGUAAAAAUGUUGUGGAAAAGAAAGAUGGUGACAAAGAGUUUAUAGUUCCUGCAGACGAGGAUCAGAAGAUAUGUGCACUGUGCCGUGAGGAAUUUGAGAAUUUCUUCAGUGAUGAAGCUGAUGAUUGGAUGUACAAAGGAGCUGUGUAUGCGAACGUGGCCAAGGGAAAAGCAAGAGCCGGCAUGGAUAGGCAUAAGUUAGGUCCCAUAGUGCACGCCAAGUGUAUGCCUGAGACUAAGAAGGUUACUGCUGAAGAUUUCAGAGGAUCAUCUCAUGUUACUUCUUCUAAAGUUGCUGUAUGUUAAAUGUAUGUUUUCCCCAACUUCUAGUGGAACUAAUGGAGAGUUGGGCUGAUGCCAAAUCCAAAAUUGUAUAGUAUUUCCAUCUACAUGUGAAGUUGAAUCUGUACCGGAAAUGUAAUGUAACGAAAGAUUAAACGAGAAAUAUUCUUUGUUUUC